AAUCAAUUUCUCAUCAUAUAUAGGGUAUGAUAGGAGAGGGCCAAGAUGAAGAAUUCAAUCUUGAACUACAUUACCCGGAGUCCAGCCUCUGCUGUUGGUAAUUCUCCUGCUAGAUUUGCCUCACCAAGCUCUUCAAGCAAGAAUGCCCCUUCAGUCCAUUCCAAUAAGAAGGCAACACCCAUGAAAGCAAAGAAAGACAUCGGGAAGAAGAACAAGAAAGAAAACUAUAAUACUGGGGAUUUGGUGUGGGGGCUACUAGAAGGCUAUCCAUGGUGGCCAGGCAUUGUCUGUCCUGGCCCAUCAUCCAAGGAUCACUUCAACAAAAAACGAAAGGAGCUCCAUGUCCAGUUCUUUGAUCAACCCCCUAAUCGAGCUUGGCUGAAGCUCCAGAAAGUGCAACGUUUCACAAAUAGCCUGGAUGGUCCAAGCUCCUCAUGUGAGGAUGAGAAAUUCAAGAAAGUUUGUGAGGAAGCUGACAAAGCAGCCAAAAUGACUCUUGGUGAGCGGGUGAAACUCCUGGUUGAAUUUCCUCCUUCUGAUGAGGAAAUGGAAGCUGAGGAUGAUUUGGGAGAGGAUGGUGAUGGUGACAAUGGUGGGGACAGUGAUAAAAGCAAGGAAAAUGUGGAUACAAACAGCAGAGUAAAGCGAAGGAGGGAGAGGGAUGUGAAUUUUACUCUGAAAGCAAAACGGCAGCGCAUCCUUGAGUUAGAUGGGGAUGACUCAGAAGAUGAAUAUAAACCUGCUCAAGAAGAAAGUGACUCUGAAGAUUCUGCUAGUUCUGGGGUCCCAGAAGAUGAAGUAUCAGAUGUUGAGGAGUUCAGUGAAGAAGAUUCACCUGUCAAAAAGAAAGCGUCAAAGAGGAAGCUGACUACUCCAAGUUCCAAGAAGGCUGUGAAACAGAUGACUUUGGCACCUCUGAGCAGUGGGAAGAAAAAUUCUGUUUCAUCCUCUCCUUCUGUGCGUGACAACACAAAAAUCCGACUGUCAAUGUUCUCGGCUGAGGAUGAACCUGCAUGUGAUGUUGGAAGUCAGCAGGAGAAACAGUGGACUCAUCUGAGUAUGGACUUUCUUCGAGAAGAUAAGAUCAUGGAUGCCCAGAAACGCAGGCCUAAUGACCCUGAAUAUGAUCCCAAGACCUUGUAUCUUCCAGAAGACCUCAAAGGCAAACUCACUCCUGCACAUCGGCAGUGGUGGGAUAUCAAGUCCAAGAACUUUGAUGUGGUGCUGUUCUUCAAAGUGGGGAAAUUCUAUGAGCUUUUCCACAUGGAUGCUGUGAUAGGAGUUAAGGAAUUGAACUUACUCUUCAUGAAGGGGGACUAUGCCCAUUCAGGAUUUCCUGAGAUCUCAUAUGCCAAAUAUUCUCAGACUCUCAUCCAAAAGGGGUAUAAGGUGGCUCGCAUCGAACAAACUGAGACACCAGAAAUGGCUGAUGCCCGUUGCAAGAAAAUGUCUCGGUCAUCAAAGUUUGACAAGGUGGUGAACCGAGAGCUUUGUCGUAUCACAACAAGGGGUACCAUGACCUGUGGAGUCUUGGAAGGAGAUAUUGGGGACUCAAGGGCCCGGUACCUUCUUGCCAUAGCUGAGCAGAAGAUAGGAAGCCAGAGCAGCUCACUAGGAGUGUGUUUUGUUGAUACAACCAUUGGGAGUUUUCAUCUUGGUCAGUUUGAAGACGAUAAGCACUUUUCUCGUCUGCGCACCCUCAUGGCUCAUCAUUCCCCUGUUCAGAUCCUGUAUGAGAAAGGAAGGAUUUCAGGAAGCCUGAAGGGAGUGAUAUGUAUGGUGCCAGUUGAGCGGGAUGGCCUUGCGCCAGAGUCAGAGUUUUGGAAUGCUGAUAAGACCCUGAACUUUUUGUCUGAAAAUGCAUACUUUGAUGAACAGGAGGAGGAUUGGCCACAGGAACUCCUCAAUCUUUCGACUGGAGACAAGCGAACAGUGAGAGGAGACCGAGAGUUGGCCAUAAGAGCCCUUGGGGCUGUUAUAUGGUACCUCAACCGAUGUCUCAUUGAUCAAGAACUUGUAUCUCUUCGCCAAUUCCAUUGGUAUGAGCCCAUCCAGGAAUUCUCUCAACAAAGUGUAUCUCCAAAUCAGACAGAUUCAUACAUGAAAUCCCAGCGCAACAUGGUGCUUGAUGAAAUCACAUUGAAGAAUCUGGAGGUUGUGGUCAAUUCUUCUGGCACUGAAGAGGGAACUCUUCUGCAGCAGCUGGACCGAUGUGUCACUCCAUUUGGGAAGAGAUUACUUCGUCAGUGGGUGUGCAACCCUUUGUGCCGUCCUAAGGGGAUCAAUUCCCGCCUAGAUGCAAUUGAAGACAUCCUGGCCCACAAAGACGCAAUAGAAACAGUCAUUGGGCUCCUUAGACAAUUACCUGAUCUCCAGCGACUCCUCUCAAGGAUUCACACUCAGGGGCAUGGGAAGCGGAGUCAAGAUCAUCCAGAUAGCAGAGCCAUCCUGUUUGAGGCCCAGAUAUAUUCCAAGCGUAAAAUCACUGAUUUCAUAUCUGCUCUCAAUGGCUUCAAGGUUGCUGCUGAGAUCCAAGACCUCAUGCACAAAUUGGUGGGGGAUUCUCAGAGUGAGUUGCUCAAGCAAAUUCUAACUCUGGAACGUGAUGGAGGACGCUUUCCUGAUCUCAUUCCCCAGCUUCAGUUCUUUGAGGGAGCAUUUGACAAGAAGCAGGCUCUUAAAGAUGGAUGCAUUACACCAGCCAAUGGAGUGGAUCGUGAGUAUGACAUGGCCUUAAGAAAUCUUCAGGAAGUGGAGUCCCAGUUUCAGGGUUAUCUCAAGGAACAGUCACAAUUUUUUGGCUGCAAGGUUGUGUACUAUGGAACGGGUCGCAAUCGAUACCAGCUGGAGGUGGCCAGUGGAGCUGCACGCAAAGCUGGAUCUGAUUAUGAGCUCCAAAGUCAGAGAAAGGGAUAUCAACGUUUCCACACAUCCACAACAAAGGAACUGUACUCAAGACAGGUGAAUGCCGAGGAGCAGAGAGAUGCUGCAAUCAAAGAUAUCACUCGACGUGUCUUUGCUCAAUUUGACAAGCAUUUCCGACAGUGGGAUGGAGCAGUUCAGUGCCUAUCUGUGUUAGAUGUGCUUUUUGCCUUGGCUGAGUUCAGCCGAUCCUUUGAGGGAGUCAUGUGCAGACCCAAGGUUCUUGCCCUCACACCUGAUCAACCUGUUGUGCUGGAUAUUAAAGGAGGAAGACAUCCGUGCUUAAGUGGAAAUCUGUUGGCAUCAAGUGGGAACUUUGUGCCCAAUCCAACACACUUGGGGGGUGAGGAGCCCACAUUGCUUCUCCUCACAGGUCCCAACAUGGGUGGAAAGUCAACUCUGAUGCGCCAGGCUGGGCUAAUUGUCAUUCUUGCUCAGCUUGGGAGCUUUGUUCCUGCAGAAACAUGUACACUGACUACCCAGGAUCGCAUCUUCACUCGCCUUGGUGCGAGUGAUUCCAUCAUGACUGGAGAAAGCACUUUCUUUGUGGAACUUAGCGAGACUGCUGCUAUCCUUCAACAUGCAUCUCCGUAUUCUUUUGUUCUCCUCGAUGAACUAGGUCGAGGGACAGCAACGUUUGAUGGAACAUCCAUUGCACAUGCUGUAGUAAAAAAAUUGGCUGAUUUGAAGUGUUUGACUAUCUUUUCCACUCAUUACUUCAGCUUAGUUGAAGACUUUGAAUCUCAUCCAUCUGUAUCCUUGGGUCAUAUGGCAUGUAUGGUGGAAGAUGCAAAUGAGGAAGAUCCAACAGAGGAGACAAUUGCCUUCCUAUAUCAACUAUCCUCAAGAGCAUGUCCCAAAUCAUAUGGUUUCAAUGCAGCCCGCCUCGCUGGACUGCCCUUGCCCAUCAUUCGCAAGGCACAUUCUGUUGCCAAAAACUUUGAAGCUACUCUUGCAGGCCGAAAUUUCUUUCAAAGCAUCUGUCUCAAUUCUCAAAAGGCCAAAGAACUCAGGAAGGUCCUCACUGCUGCCAUUUAAUGAGAGAAUUGUCAUGAUUGAUAAUGUGGAGUUGAAUGUUUGCUUUAAUUUUCGCCUCAAGAACAUAUUCUCUCAUUAAUCAUCAAAAUAAAGUGUCCUCAUUGUUCAGGAA